AUGGACAUUCUUGUUAGCACUCUGGUGCUGGUCCUGAAAGCCUUGUCCCUGGUGUGUGAUGUCUUCACAUUUGUUCCUUAUUUCAUCAUCCAGAGACCGGACAAGGUUCGUCGGAGGUCAGCGAGGAUUAAGGCAAAGCCAGUGUCCGGAAAACCUUCAGAUCCAUGGCGGUCAGUUGAUGUCCCGCCUACUGGCCUGACCACAAGUAUCUUUUCAGAGUGCAAAACUUUGGAUGACCUCUUCGUCAGAGCUUGCCACCUGUAUAGUAGCCAGCCCUGCCUGGGGACUAGAGAUAUCAUUAGUGAGGCAGAAGAGCAUCAGUCCAAUGGAAAAGUCUUUAAGAAGCUUGUCCUGGGCCGGUAUCGGUGGGAAACCUACGAAGAAGUUUCUACAAGAAUCAACAACUUUGGCAAUGGGCUGAUUGCACUAGGUCACAAACCAAGGUCAAGGCUGGCUAUUUUUGCAGAAACCAGAGCAGAAUGGAUGAUCUCAGCUCAGGCCUGUUUCAGGAAUAACUUCCCUGUGGUCACCUUAUAUGCAACACUUGGAAUUGAUGCGAUCAUUCAUGGAAUUCGGGAAACUGAAGUCUCUGUGGUCAUCACCAGCUUUGAACUGCUGCCAAAGUUUCAGGAUGUGCUACCAAAGACACCAAAAGUCAGCCAUCUGAUUGUGAUGGGCUGUAACAGGGCAAAGCUGAUUGAAGCCCACCUGAAGAUGCCCAAUGAGAUAACAGUUCUGUCUAUGCAAGAAGUUGAAGUAAUUGGAGCCAGACCAGAGCACAAAAACCAUGUUCGGGACAAACCCAAAGUUGACGAUGUUGCUGUCAUUAUGUACACCAGCGGCUCUACGGGGUUGCCAAAAGGUGUGGUGAUAUCCCAUAGAAAUCUCAUGUGUGGAACUUCUGGACAGAUACAGCGGAUCCCUAGCCUAGGAGAAAACGAUGCUUAUGUAGGCUACCUACCACUGGCUCAUGUCUUGGAGCUAAGUGCUGAGGUGUCCUGUAUAGCCAUGGGAACUAGGAUUGGCUACUCAUCUCCGACUACUCUCACAGACAAGUCCACUAAAAUCAAGAAAGGCAGCACUGGAGAUGUGAGUGAGCUCAAACCAACACUGGUUGCUGCAGUACCAGUCAUUUUGGACAGAAUCUAUAAAAAUGUCUGGGAGAAAGUCAACUCCUCAUCUCUGGUCAAACGAACAUUGUUCAAGUUUGCCUAUGAUUACAAGUACAAACAUAUGCUUGCAGGGUUCGACACUCCUCUUUGUAACAAGAUAGUCUUCAAGAGUGUGACAGACCUGUUGGGAGGCCGAGUGCGACUGAUGCUGUCUGGUGGGGCUCCCUUAUCUGGCACAACCCAGAGGUUCAUGAACAUAUGCUUUUGUUGUCCAGUUGGUCAGGGUUAUGGCCUGACAGAAACAUGCGGUGCAGGCACUGUUGUUGAAUUCUCUGAUUUGACAACAGGACGGGUUGGGGCACCACUUAUCUGCUGUGAAAUUCGGCUUCGGGACUGGGUGGAAGGCAACUACACCACGGAAAACAAACCCUACCCUCAGGGAGAGGUUCUCAUUGGUGGAGACAACAUUGCUGUCGGCUACUACAACAGUCCGGAGAAAACUGCCGAAGAUUUUAUCACAAUUGACAGGGUGCGUUACUUCUGUACAGGAGACAUCGGCCAGUUUGAGGAGGACGGGUGUCUUCGAAUUAUCGACCGCAAGAAGGACCUGGUCAAGCUUCAGCAUGGAGAGUAUGUGUCACUGGCACAGGUGGAGACUGUCCUGAAGAUGUGCCCUCUGGUGGAACAGAUCUGUGUUGUGGCCGACAACUUGGAGUCCAACAUUGUGGCCCUAGUGGUUCCUAAUGAAGCACAGCUGCUGGCUGUGGCCAAGAAAGUUGGAGUUGACGAACAGGACUUGAGGAAGAUAUGCAAGAAUAGGUCUGUGGUGGCAAGUGUGCUCAAGGAACUCACAAACCAUGGCCUGAAAUCCAAGCUGCAGCGAAUGGAGAUCCCAGCCAGCAUCACGCUACUGUCCGAGCCCUGGAUGCCGGACAGCGGCCUGGUCACCGAUGCCUUCAAGCUGAAGCGCAAAGUCCUGGAGGAGCAUUUCAGGUCGGAGAUCACUGCCAUGUAUGGAAGUGGAGCUUAG